AUGUCCGUCAGAGUCCUCAUCUACGCCUACCGCAAGCCUGGGCUCUCUCUCGAGGAUUUCAAGAACCACUAUGAUUCUCACAUCGAUCUCAUUAAACGUAUUACCGGCGAUAACUUCCCAACCGCUCACAAGCGCAGCUAUGUCGCGCGUAGCACUGUCAAGGUCGCCCCUGAGGGUGCCAGCGACCGCAAUUCUCUGACCCCCGCCACUGUGCUCGUUGGACAACAGUCCGAUUUUGACUUCGAUUCCUAUGCUGAGCUUACUUUUGCGGACCAAGAUGCUUUUGAGGCCUUCGGUGCCAAGGUUUAUGCGCCCGAUGCAGCUGCCCAGAUUGCGGCCGACGAGGAGAAAUUCCUGGAUAGAUCAAAAACGGGUAUUGCCAUGCUUGGAGAUGUUAUUGAAACGAAAAAAUAG